UUCCAUUGGAGCCGCUGGUGACAAAUUGGCGCCAUUUUGAAGCUCGGGGAAGGCGACACGGUGCGGGUGUCACGGGCGGGGAAGAGCCGGUGCGGACUACGGGAGAGUGCGACCGACGCCUGCGGGGGAGAGAAGGGAUAAACACACUGUGCCAUCAUGGCUCAUUCGAAGACCAAGGGCAAUGAUGCAAAGAUCACAUAUCCCCCGGGAGUCAAAGAAAUCUCUGACAAAAUUUCCAAAGAGGAAAUGGUUAGGCGUUUGAAGAUGGUUGUGAAAACCUUCAUGGAUAUGGAUCAGGACUCUGAAGAAGAAAAGGAGCAUUAUCUAAACCUGGCUUUGCACCUGGCUUCUGAUUUUUUCUUAAAGCACCCAGAUAAAGAUGUCCGUUUGCUAGUAGCUUGUUGUCUUGCAGAUAUUUUCAGGAUUUAUGCUCCAGAGGCUCCGUACACCUCGCCAGAUAAGCUGAAGGAUAUAUUUAUGUUCAUAACAAGACAACUUAAGGGACUGGAAGAUACAAAAAGCCCACAGUUUAAUAGAUAUUUUUAUUUACUUGAGAAUAUUGCUUGGGUGAAGUCUUACAAUAUAUGUUUCGAGUUGGAGGAUAGCAAUGAAAUUUUCACACAGCUGUAUAGGACUCUGUUUUCAGUUAUCAACAAUGGUCAUAAUCAAAAAGUUCACAUGCAUAUGGUGGACCUGAUGAGCUCAAUCAUUUCUGAAGGAGAUACAGUUUCUCAGGAAUUGCUAGACACGGUUCUCGUAAACUUGGUUCCUGCACACAAGAAUUUGAACAAACAGGCUUAUGAUCUGGCCAAAGCCCUGCUGAAAAGAACUGCUCAAGCAAUUGAACCAUACAUAACAAAUUUCUUUAAUCAAGUUCUUAUGCUUGGUAAAACCUCCAUUAGCGACUUGUCUGAACACGUGUUUGAUCUGAUUUUGGAGCUUUACAAUAUUGAUAGCCACCUACUCCUUUCUGUUUUACCUCAGCUAGAGUUCAAGCUCAAGAGUAACGACAAUGAAGAACGACUGCAGGUGGUGAAACUUCUUGCAAAAAUGUUUGGAGCAAAGGAUUCUGAACUGGCUUCUCAAAAUAAGCCGCUUUGGCAGUGCUACUUGGGGAGAUUCAAUGACAUACAUGUGCCAAUCCGAUUGGAAUGUGUGAAGUUUGCCAGCCACUGCUUAAUGAACCACCCUGAUUUGGCUAAAGACUUAACCGAAUAUCUAAAAGUAAGAUCCCAUGACCCCGAAGAAGCCAUCAGACAUGAUGUCAUCGUAUCUAUAGUAACUGCUGCAAAGAAAGACCUUCUGCUUGUCAAUGACCAUCUUCUUAAUUUUGUUCGGGAGAGGACUCUGGACAAAAGGUGGAGAGUGAGAAAAGAAGCAAUGAUGGGUCUUGCUCAGAUCUAUAAGAAGUAUGCCUUGCAGGCAGAAGCAGGAAAAGAGGCAGCAAAACAGAUUUCCUGGAUAAAAGAUAAACUUCUGCACAUAUAUUACCAAAAUAGUAUUGACGAUAGACUGCUGGUGGAGCGAAUUUUUGCCCAGUAUAUGGUACCUCAUAACUUGGAAACCACAGAAAGAAUGAAAUGCUUGUAUUAUCUGUAUGCAACGUUGGACCCCAAUGCUGUUAAAGCCUUGAAUGAAAUGUGGAAAUGUCAGAACAUGCUGAGGCAUCAUGUGAAGGAUUUGCUGGAUUUGAUUAAACAGCCCAAAUCGGAAACCAACAGUAAAGCAAUAUUUUCUAAAGUCAUGGUCAUUACACGAAAUUUACCAGACCCUGGUAAGGGCCAAGACUUUCUCAAAAAAUUUACCCAAGUGUUGGAGGAAGAUGAGAAGAUUAGAGGGCAGCUGGAGAAACUUGUCAGUCCGACCUGUUCAUGCAAGCAGGCAGAAGUGUGUGUGCGUGAUAUUACAAAGAAGCUGGGCAAUCCUAAGCAGCCAACAAACCCUUUUCUGGAGAUGAUGAAAUUCCUGCUUGAGCGGAUAGCACCUGUGCACAUUGAUGCAGAAUCCAUAAGCUCCCUCAUUAAACUGUUGAACAAGUCAAUAGAUGGCACAGCAGAUGAUGAAGAGGAAGGUGCAGCUACAGACCAAGCAAUACGAGCAGGACUUGAAUUGUUAAAGGUGUUAUCUUUCACACAUCCCAUUUCAUUUCACUCAGCUGAAACCUUUGAAUCCCUUCUGGGUUGUCUGAAAAUGGACGAUGAAAAGGUGGCUGAGGCAGCUCUGCAAAUCUUUAAGAACACCGGAAACAAAAUUGAAGAUGAUUUUCCUCACAUUAGAUCAGCCUUGCUUCCAGUUCUGCAGCAGAAGGCCAAGAAGGGCCCCAUUCGUCAAUCUAAAUAUUCCAUCCAUUGCAUAAAUGCUAUAUUUACCAGCAAGGAGACACAGUUUGCCCAGAUAUUUGAGCCACUUCACAAAAGCUUGGAUCCAACCAACCCUGAGCAGCUCAUCAUAUCCCUUGUUUCCAUUGGUCACAUAGCUCAGCUGGCUCCUGAUCAGUUUGCUUCUCCUCUUAAGUCUAUGGUGGCCAAUUUUGUGGUGAAGGAUUUGUUGAUGACUGACCGAUGUCCUGGCAGAAAGACUACUAAGCUCUGGGUUCCCGAUGAUGAAGUGUCGCCUGAAACAUUAGUGAAGAUGCAAGGCAUUAAAAUGAUGGUGCGCUGGUUACUAGGCAUGAAGAAUAACCAUAGUAAGUCUGGAACAUCUACACUACGACUUUUGACGGCAAUAUUACAUGCUGAUGGAGAUUUAACUGAACAUGGGAAACUAAGUAAACCAGAUAUGUCACGGCUCAGGCUGGCAGCUGGAAGUGCAGUUGUGAAGUUGGCACAGGAGCCUUGUUACCAUGAAAUUAUAACUCUGGAACAAUACCAGUUGUGUGCGUUAGUGGUCAAUGAUGAGUGUUAUCAAGUCCGACAAUUAUUUGCCCAAAAACUACACAAAGGCCUUUCCAGAUUAAGACUGCCACUUGAAUAUAUGGCUGUCUGUGCCCUCUGUGCUAAAGAUCCUGUGAAAGAGAGGAGGGCACAUGCCAGGCAAUGCUUAGUAAAAAAUAUCAACGUGAGAAGAGAAUAUUUAAAACAGCAUGCUGCAGUAAGUGAAAAGCUGCUGUCUCUUCUGCCAGAGUAUGUUGUCCCAUAUACAAUACACCUACUUGCACAUGAUCCAGAUUAUGUGAAAAUUCAGGACAUUGAACAACUAAAGGACAUAAAAGAGUGCUUGUGGUUUAUUUUGGAGAUUUUAAUGUCGAAGAAUGAAAAUAACAGCCAUGCUUUUAUUAGAAAAAUGGUGGAAAACAUUAAACAAACAAAGGAUGCACAAGCUCCGGAUGACCCCAAAAUGAAUGAGAAACUAUAUACAGUAUGUGAUGUAGCAAUGAAUAUAAUUAUUUCAAAGAGUACAACCUACAGUUUAGAGUCUCCUAAAGAUCCAGUAUUACCAGCACGGUACUUCACACAGCCAGACAAGAAUUUUAGCAACACCAAAAAUUAUCUUCCUGCUGACAUGAAAGCCUUUUUCACUCCAGGAAAGCCUAAAUCUGCAAAUGUUCUUGGAGCUGUGAACAAGCCUCUGUCAUCAGCAGGAAAACAGACACAGUCAAAGUCUUCUAGAAUGGAGACUUUAAGCAAUGCAAGCUCUGGAUCUAAUCCAAGCUCUCCGGGAAGGGUAAAGGGAAGACUUGAAAGCACUGAAAUGGAUCAGAGUGAGAAUGAGGAUUAUUCUAUGAUGUCCUCACCUCUUCCUGUGAAGAAAGACAAGAGAGACGACUCUGACAAUGACAAACCGAGAGGGAGGAAAAAACAGUCUCUCUUAGACCAGGAGGACAGUUUGAGCAUGGAUGAGCUAUCUAAAUCCACUCAGGAAACCAAACCCAGGUCUGGACAACGUGGACGAAAGAGAGCAGCAGCCACCUCUGAGUCAGAUGACCAACAGUGGCCAGAUAAGAGACUAAAGGAAGACUUAGAAUUUGAAGAUGAACAAAACAGCCCACCAAAAAAAGGUAGAAGAGGUAGACCGCCUAAAUCUACCAAGGCCAGUGCUACUAAGGAAGAGCCAGUAGCAAAGACCCCCAAGAGAGGCAGGAAGAAGGCAGUUGCGGUAGAAAUUCCACAAGAUGAGGAGGAAGAAUCGCUUGAUAUAGCUGAUGAGCAAGACUAUGAAAAUGUAGAGCAGAAACGAAUAGGUAAAGGUCCAGGAAGAGCCUCCAGGAAGACUGCACAAAAGUCUGACCAGUCUGAUUCUGUCCUGGAGCCUGCUCAAGCUACGCCGCAGAAAAGAAGAGGGAGACCACCCAAAUCAGCUUCUACACAGCAAAAGAAAAGCCCAGGUCGGCCGAAGAAGGCAGCCCCUAAAGAACCAGAACCAGAAUCGGAAGACGACAUGGAUGUAUCACAGAACAGCCCAGCUCUUAGUGACAACAUGUCAAGAGAGGAGGAGGAAGAGGAGGAGGAGGAGGAGGAGGAGGAGGAGGUGGCGCCUGUACCUGUACCUGUACGACGUAGAGCAAAUAAAAGACGAUGAAGCAGGCAGAGCUUGCAGUAGAGUGAAAAAAGAAGGCUGUACAUGGAUACAGAACUGAGGCUGUAUAUGUACUGAAAAGGGGUCAUGCACUGACAGCAGGAAAAGACUGAUUUCACACCCCUGAAAAUGCAGCCACAACUCUAUCAAUAACUGUGGGUAUUUGUGUGGUUUGUAACGUGCGCCAGACAUGUAGACCCGAAUAUGUAAAUAGCUCAUUUUUUUAUGUGUUAAGAUGCUUGUAUAACUUUCAUUUUGCAGCUUUAAACCUGACAUUACAGUGGCUCAUCAGAUUUUCCAAGACAACAAAGUGAAGCAAUAUAUGCCAUUGUGUGUUGUAAUUCUGUUAACAUUUUACUGUGAAAAACAAACUCAUUUUACACACUGUCAUGUUUUUGUGUUGUCAUAGUCUUGUUGUUUCUAUGACCUUUUUUAUUUCUGUGUUCUAUUGAUCUGGGCAGCUCUUGGCCUUUCAUGGUGCAUCCCCUGGCUGUUUGAAUUCCAUGUGCUCCCCCUACUCUUCCCCAGAAGCUUGGUGACCAAUAGAACAUCACAACAUGACUGUCAGAAUGCUGCCGUUCUCCAGUAUUGUUGCCAGGCCUUAGUGGCUGGCUGUCUUGUGGCAUUGCAGAUUGUAAGAAAGAUAAAUUUAAAACUAUUCUAAUUUCUAAAGUGUUUGCGCUAUGAAAAUAAUGUAUUAAAGACGCUACCUAUUUUA